AACAGAGCUUUAUUGACUCUUGUCGUCAUUAGCUUUAGGUUAAGAUUGUUCCGCCAUGUCCGUCUGUCCAGUCCCGACAGCGAUAUCUAACGGAUACUACGUCGGUGCUAAGGUUUCGUAUGCCACCGGUGACGUCAUACAGUAUAUCUGUAAUACCGAUUAUGUCAUGUCCGGGAGUCCCAUCGUCACGUGUAACAACACCGGGGUGUGGCUGCCCACCUCCGGGUCUCUGCCAGAAUGUAGUAGUUCGUAUCUCAACAACAUUUGGGUUAUCCUGGUUUUAUCGUUGAUGGGAUUCAUCGCAUUCAUCAUAAUUUUGCUCCUAAUCGCUCUCUGCAUCCGAUAUUUUUGCAAACACCGUGUUUACGAUGAAGAAAGUGAGACAGAUGGCCACGGAUGCUGCCGUCGGUUUUGCUCUUGCUGCAGUUCAUCAGACUAUGACAGUGAAAAAGAAAAACCAAAGCAUACUGCAAGAAAACCACUCCGAAAAAAAGCUCCUGCAAAGAAAACCAAUAAAGCUGGUGUGAGGGCUGGUAAAUCAACUAGAAAGAAAGUUGUGUCCAAAAAAGGGAAAGUAAUGAGGUCUAGAAAAGGCGGGAAAACAUUAAAGAAAGGAAAGGAAGCACCAGCAGAGAAUGGCAGACCCUCUAAUUCUCGCGAGGCUAAGUCUGUUACAGCAUGGAAACCGUUUGCAAACCCUGUUCGAAAUAUUAACACCAGCACCAAAUAGAACUGUCUGUUACACAUACAUGUAUAUCUGUUACAAGCCAAUAUUCACAGCUCAAAUGAUAUUUAUACACAUUGUAGUGAUAAUCAUUUCCUCAUGAAUGUGAUGCAAUUGUAAACAAUGCACGUAUGAAUACAGAUAAAUAUAGUACGUCUAA